AUGGCUAAAGAAAUUACAAAAGAUAUAUUCGAAGAAUAUAAGAAAGAUGAAGAGAAUGAAUACUCUUUAAACACUCUUUUAGAUCUUCAAAAGAUUAGAGAAACUGGUUUUGAUGUUACAAAUCAACAAAACUUUAUAUCCCUAAAAAAAGGAAUUAGUAACUUAAUAAAACGAACAAAUAUCGUUUAUUAUGGCCUUUUAGAAGGAGAAAUAGCAGUUCCUCAGGAACAGACAGAAGGAGAUAUGCUUAUACUCAUGGUAAAUAAGAAAGCUAUACAAGCAAAAAUAGCUUCUCUCAAAAGAGAAUCAGGUAGACAUAAGAUCAAAUUCUUACAUAUAAGUGUUAUGCAAAUCUUGCUUAAAUCUACAUUUAGUGCAGGAAUUGAUGCACCCAUAAGAUUUCUUAUCAGAGAUGAUAGAAUUCAAAAUGAACAUGAAAGUGUUAUAGCUACAGGUAAUGGAAACCUUGUAGGAGAAACAUUGAAGUUUAAUAUAAAUCUUCAAUUAAGUAUGAGUCUAAUGGACCAAGACCUAGAUAAGGCUGUUAUUAUUAAGUAUAAACUUGAUAGAACACCUCUUAUGAAAAAGGGAAAUCACCCCUUUACAGCUUUCUAUAGAAUGAACUAUGCCCUGACCAAUAGUCACCAUAGUCUCACCUUUAGAAAUUCACCCAAAAUAGAAGUUGAUAAACUUUUUGGAAAUAUUCUUAAGAUGGAAGUUAAUACUCCCAUGUUUAGAUUAAAAAAUGAUCAAAAUACUAUCAAGAAAGAUGAUAGAGCAUCUCAAUCAUUUAGAUUGAUAAAAGAUGAGCCCUCUAGCUCUUCAAUUAUCCCAAAACCAUUCUACUCUCCACUUCGCACAGAAGAAAAAGAGGAAGAACCCAAAAUAGCUCAGAAAGAUGUCCCCAUCAUUCUACCACAUGAGCCCAUAAGUUUAGCAGAUGUUUCCACAAGGAAAAUCAAGGAACUUCAAGAUCAAAUAGAUCAGUUCUAUCUUGAAGGACUUAAAAAAUGA